AUGUUAAGAAUAAUCAUUGCAUCAUUGUUCAUCUCCUCAGUGAUCUCUGCCACCACCAAACCCACUAUAGGCAUCUUAACAAACCCUUCUGAUUUGAAAGAUUACGACAAAUCCCUCUACUCCUAUUUUCCUUCUAGUUAUGUGAAAUGGAUUGAGCAAGCUGGGGCUAGAGUGAUUCCAAUUCAUUGGGAUAGUUCUUAUGAUGAGAUUACCUCCAUCUUAAAUUAGAUUAAUGGAGUUCUAUUCACUGGAGGAGAUGUGGACCUGUAUUUAAAUAAUACUCAACCAGGUUUCACUUUUAAUAAAUUUACUGACACAGCAUCCUUUAUAUUUCAGAAGGUUAUUCAAUUCAACAAGGCUGGCAAAUUCUAUCCUCUACUUGGAAUAUGCCAAGGUUUUCAAUUGAUCAAUUACAUUGCUUCAUCCUACUAUGAAGUAUUGACCAGAAUGACUGAUGAUCUGGGUAAGUAAAGAUUGCUUGAGGUCAAUUCUGAAGAAGAUUCUUUCGUCUUGAAAUCCAUCGACUCCGUCACUUUGGAAUAUCUGAAGAAUGUUGAUGGACCAUACUAUUCUCAUAACUGGGGAGUUGUGUAACAUACCUAUGAAAAAGCCUACUCUUUGGGAGCAUUCUUCAAAAUCAUAGCCUAUAGCCGAGACGGAGUGAAUUUGAAAUAUGUCACCAUUUGUGAAGGCAGAGAAGUCCCCAUCUAUGGAUAUCAGUUCCAUCCAGAAAAACAUCAAUUUGAAUGGAUAACCAAAGCUACCCAUGAUGUCCAACACAUCACCUAUUCUUAACAAUUGGCUAUGGAUUUCAUUGCAAUGGCUAGGAAGAAUGACAACACUAUCUCAGAUGAGGAACUAGCCAAACUUAUCAUUUACAACUACAAACAGAUAAAUAGAAUGGAAAUUCCGAAUACUAGUUUUUCUUAGGUAUAUCUAUUCGAUAGAAAUCGAAAUGAAACCAAAUCCGAUCUACAAUAACUAGGCAUAUAUUAGAAUAUCAAAUUCUUCAGAAAACGUCAUUGAAUGUUUGGUUUUCUGUAUGUAACAAAAAUAUUAAUA